GCGGCGUGGGCGUUUGCAGACUGCCGCUUCCACGGUCCUCCUCUGGGCGCCCAAAUGGUUGUCUUGGUUACGGGUCCCAACGGUCCCCCACCUGAAAUUCACUUUUGAGGUGCUGCAACCUGAGCGGCUGAUUGAAGACACCUUCAGCUCCCGGCAGUGGCGGCUGGUCCAGCCUUCGACGGGGAGUAAUUGAAGCUUUCGAGAAAACUGAAAUAGAAUUGGAGAAGAAAACUGAUCCACAAUAAUGUCUCGAAAAAUUGCCAAGGCAUCAAAAACAGUGAAUGUCUCCAGCUCUCUGGAAUCUGAAGAUAUUAGUUUAGAAACAACAGUUCCUACAGAUGACAUUUCCUCAUCAGAAGAGCGAGAUGGUAAAAUCAAAAUCACCAGGCAGCUAAUUGAACGAAAAGAACUACUUCAUAAUAUUCAGUUACUGAAAAUAGAGCUAUCCCAAAAAAAUAUGAUGAUUGACAAUUUGAAAGUAGAUUAUCUUACAAAGAUUGAAGAAUUGGAGGAGAAACUUAAUGAUGCACUUCAUCAGAAGCAGGUACUAACUUUGAGAUUAGACAACCAAUUGACAUUUCAGCAGAAGGAUGCCAGAAAAUAUCAAGAACUGAUGAAACAAGAAAUGGAAACUAUUUUAUUGAGACAGAAACAACUAGAAGAGACAAAUCUUCAGCUAAGAGAGAAAGCUGGAGAUAUUCGUCGAAACCUGCGUGACUUUGAAUUGACAGAAGAACAAUAUAUGAAACUAAAAGGUUUUCCUGAAGAUCAGCUCUCUAUUCCUGAAUAUGUAUCUAUUCGGUUCUAUGAACUAAUGGAUCCAUUAAAGAAGGAAAUCUCCGAACUACAAGUGAAAAAGAAUUACCUAUCAGAAGAAUUAACUGAAAACAAAAGCCAACUGAAACAACUGACAGAGACUUAUGAGGAAGAUCGAAGAAACUACUCUGAGCUUCAAAAUAGAUGUCAACGUUUGGCUUUAGAAUUAGCAGACACGAAACAGUUAAUUCAGCAAGGUGACUACCGUCAAGAGAACUAUGACAAAGUUAAGAGUGAACGUGAUGCACUUGAACAGGAAGUAAUUGAAAUAAGGAGAAAACAUGAAAUACUUGAAGCCUCUCAUAUAAUUCAAGCUAAAGAAAGAACUGAAUUAUCGAAAGAGGUAGCCACCUUGCAGCAAACUGUUACUUUACUGCAGAAGGAUAAAGAAUAUCUCAACCGCCAAAACAUGGAGCUCAGUGUUCGCUGUGCCCAUGAAGAGGACCGCCUUGAAAGACUUCAAGCUCAACUCGAAGAAACCAAAAAAGCUAGAGAAGAGAUGUAUGAAAAAUAUGUAACAUCCAGAGACCAUUAUAAAGCCGAAUAUGAAAAUAAACUACAUGAUGAACUAGAACAAAUUAAAUUGAAAACGAAUCAAGAAAUUGAUCAACUUCGAAAUGCCUCUAAAGAAAUGUAUGAACGGGAAAACAGAAAUCUCCGAGAAGCAAGGGAUAAUGCUUUGGCUGAAAAGGACCGAGCAGUGAUGGCUGAAAAGGAUGCUUUAGAAAAACAUAAUCAGCUCUUAGACAGGUACAGAGAACUACAACUUAGUACAGAGAGCAAAGUAACAGAAUUUCUCCAUCAAAGUAAAUUAAAGUCUUUUGAAAGUGAGCGUGUUCAGCUUAUACAAGAGGAAACUGCAAGGAAUCUCACACAGUGUCAGUUGGAAUGUGAAAAAUAUCAGAAAAAACUGGAGGUUUUAACUAAAGAAUUUUAUAGUCUCCAGUCCUCUUCUGAAAAACGCAUUACUGAACUCCAAACACAGAACUCUGAGCAUCAGGCGAGGCUAGACAUUUAUGAGAAACUGGAAAAAGAGCUUGAUGAAAUAAUAAUGCAAACUGCAGAAAUUGAAAAUGAAGAUGAGGCUGAAAGGGUUCUUUUUUCCUAUGGCUAUGGUGCUAAUGUUCCCACAACAGCCAAAAGACGACUAAAACAAAGUGUCCACUUGGCAAGAAGAGUACUUCAGUUAGAAAAACAAAACUCGUUGGUUUUAAAAGACCUGGAACAUCAAAAGGACCAAGUAACACAGCUUUCACAAGAGCUUGACAGGGCCAACUCUCUGUUAAAUCAAGCUCAACAACCUUACAGAUAUCUAAUUGAAUCGGUGCGUCAGAGAGAUUCUAAGAUUGAUUCACUAAAGGAGUGUAUUACACGGCUUGAGAAAGAUGUCAGCAAUUUAAAUAAAGAAAAGUCAGCUUUACUACAGAUGAAAAAUCAAAUGGCAUUAGAUUUAGAACAACUUCUAAAUCAUCGUGAGGAAUUGGCAGCAAUGAAGCAGAUUCUCACUAAUAUGCGCAGUCAGUGUUCUGAGGACAGGUUACUUCUUACUAAAACGGAAUUAAAAAAUGUGACAGAAAAUCAAAAAUCAAAGAUUUUGAAUGUGCCUAGAGAACAUGAAGAUAAUAUAUUCAUACCCAAACCAACACUCUUUACCAAAAAGGAAGCACCCGAGUGGUCCAAGAAACAAAAGAUGAAGACCUAGGUUUUGAAUGGAUUUGCUAUAUCGUUAUUUACUCCCAAAGUUCUUUUUCUGAUGAACAAAAAGUUUAUCUUAAUCAUGUGCUUGCCAUUUUUAAAACAAUUAAUAUAAAAUUUAUUUUCACUGAAUGUUAAAUUACCAGAUUUCAGCAUAAUAAUUAAUAUGUAUAAAAUGCAAACAAUAGUAUACUUUAAUACUUGGUUUUAUCUAUUUUGU